AUGGAGGAGUUGGGUUUUGCUUCCACUGUUAUCAACGACAAUGACCUCAUGUGCCUCUACCUGAACACUGGCCAGCUAGAGAAAGUCCCUGAUGUGCUUUCGGAUAUGAAGGAGAAUAGUGUUCUCCCUGACCUUUUCAGCUACAGAAUUUGCUUGAAAUCUUACAGGGAAAAAUCUGAUAUUGAUAACUUGGAGAAAAUUCUACGAGAAAUGGAGAGCCAGUUGCAAAUCUCCAUGGAUUGGCUAACCUAUGCUACAGUAGCCAAUAUCUACAUAGAAGCUGGUCUGAGAGAGAAAGCACUUGUCUACUUGAAAAAAUGUGGUCUUGGGAACAAGGACGAGGUGAUGAGGUUGUGGGGGCUUGCAAAAGCCAAGUGUAAGAAGCAACUCAAUAGAGAUUAUAUAACCAUUUUAGGAUGUCUAGUCAGGCUUGGUCGCCUUGAAGAAGCUGAGAAAUUGCUGCAGGACUGGGAAUUAUCUAGCCAAUAUUAUGAUUUUCAAGUUCCAAAUGCCCUCCUCAUCGGGUGUUCUCGGACAGGUUUACUGGAAAAAGCUGAAACAAUGCUACACGACAUAUCAGAAAAACAAAAGGUGAAAAAUCCAAAUAGUUGGGCAAUUAUUGCAGCAGCUCUGGCUGCGGCUGCAGAGACAGAAAAUAAGGCAUGGAGACCCAAACCUACACUGGCUUCUAGCAUAUUUAAUUGGCUUGGUGAUAAUGGGGAUGUUGAAGAAGUAAAAGGAUUUGUGUGCUUGUUGGAGACUAAGAUCCCAAAAAGUAGGGAAAUGUAUCAUUCGCUAAUCAAGGCAUCUAUCAGAUGUGGGAAAGAAGUGGAUGGACUCUUGGAGAACAUGAAAGCUGAUAAGAUAGAUGAAGAAGAGGAAACAAAGACGAUUCUUAGUUCAAGACAGCCAGAAUAA